CUCUCCUGCUGGCGCGACUCGAAAACACAGCUGCUUGAGUCCUUCUUUUUGUCCUUCUUUUAUCCCUUUUUCGCCUUCGUCAGCUUUCUCUUUUAUUUCUCCCGGCUUUCUCUAUCGUCUGUGCCUUUUUAUUUGUUUUUCCUCUUUUUACAAGUCUUUUUUGCGCUCGCAUGCAGUUGCUGUGGAAAUCCUCCUCCCCCCCGAGAGUGAACGCGUCACGGUUUGAGUCUCCGAGAGCAGUGGGGCGCCGCUAUUCCCCUUUGCGUCUCCUGCUGCUCUGCGCUGCCGCUUUCCGGCACCUUUUCUUUUCCUUCUUUUCGUCUCCCGCUUUUCUUUUCUCGCUGCACUUUUACCUCGUUGGCGCAGGAGUCCUCUUCCGAGUGAGGUGUGUGCACCCAUGCUGCCUCGACCUCCGCGGUGUCUCGCGUCUUCUCUCGGGCGUUCGACGAAUUUCAUCUCUUCUUCCUGUGCAAGGCGUCGAGAGAAUGGCUCCACUCUUUCCCUAGAAAGGCUUUCCUCUGAAAAACGCAGAGAGAUUUGCGCUGGCUGCUGUGCACCGCACAAGACGCGGCUCAGCCUCUCGCGCUUGCUGCUGCUUCUCUGUCUUCUCCUGCCCUUGCCCGUCUCGGGUGUGUCUUCUCGCUGCCGCCCCGUCCUGGAGGGAAAUUCACACAUGCCGCCCUUGUCCUUGAAAGUUUCUCGUUCUCAACUUCGCGCCUUUCUCUCGCAAACUCCUACCUCUCCCCGUUCUCUUCCUACCUUCCCUCCUCUCUCCAACGCCUACCCCCCCUCAUCUACUCGUCUCUCUCUCCCUUCUUCUCUCUCUUCUCCUAUCUCUUCUUCUCUCUCUUCUCCUCUCGCUCGUUCUUCCCUCUCUUCUUCUCUUCCGCCUUCUGCGGUUUCCUUCGUCUCUCGUCCCCUGCUUCCCUCGGAAGCUGGCUCCAGUCGACACUCCAGCUCGACGUCCUGUGCUUCUCUCCCUCCGGCGCUGCGCAAAAUGGCGUCUCUCCAGCCAGGCGACGGCUACGGCGGCGAAGGCUUCCACCGCUUCCCGGGUGUCUGUACACCGCAGACGGCGUCUCUCGUCUUCAUGCACGGUCUGGGCGAUACGGCCGCGGGGUGGGCCGACCUCGUUUCGCUGCUUUCUUCGCUCUCAUGUUUUCCUGCGCUUCGGGUGAUCCUCCCGACGGCGCCUGUGCGCCCUGUCACACUGAACGGCGGCUUUCCGGCGCCCGCGUGGACAGACAUCUUCUCGCUGUCGAAAGACGCUCCCGAAGACAAGCCAGGCUUCCUCGCCUCCAAGCAGCGCAUCGACGCCAUUCUCGCCGGCGAGCUCGCAGCCGGCGUCGCUCCCGAGCGAAUUAUCCUCGCAGGAUUCAGUCAAGGCGGCGCCCUCGCCUACUUCACCGGCUUGCAAGCCUCGGUCCGCCUAGGCGGCAUCGUCGCACUCUCCACCUGGACGCCUCUCGCGCAGGAACUCAGAGUCAGCGCAGGCUGCCUCGGGAAGCGAGACACGCAGAGCCGCAAAGAGGCGCUGCAGACGAGAGAGGAAGAGAAGACCGAGGAGGAGAAGGAAGAAGAGAAGAAAGAGGAGAAGAAAGAAGAAAAGGAGAAGAGAGUGGAGGGGCCGACACCUGUGUUGCAUUGCCAUGGAGAGCAGGACGAGUUAGUUUUGAUUGAAUUUGGUCAAGAGAGCGCAGCGAUCGUGAGACGACAAUACGCAGAGGCUUGGGGGGAAGACGUCGCGAAGAAAGCUGUCAAAUUCCUGUCCUUCCAGGGUCUCGGCCACUCUGCGAACGCGCAGGAACUCGAUCAGGUUCGACGAUUCAUCGAAAACGUCCUCACAACAAACUGAAGAUGAAGAAGAAAAGAGACAUCAACCGAGCGAGCGAGGAAGGAGACGCGAGGCAAGGGGAGAAAGAGAGACGAGAAAAAGGCGGUAGUGGAGAGAGACACAAACAAGGGAGAGACCGAGAAAGCGAGAGGGAUCAGCGAGCGGACGAAAGAACAACGAAGAAUAAAGUGUGUGGGGCACUUCAACAAAAAGGACCAAGCAGGGGCGAGUAACUCUCGACCGGAUUCGCUGUUCUUGUGCAUGUCUCCUGAUCUCACGCUUUGUCUUCUCUGUUGCUUCCUCAACUCUUCAUCUCGCUCUUUUGUCUCCUCUGAACCACGAUGUCUCCUCGAAACAUAUUUGCCGGGGUGCGACACAGACACAAGCAUGAGCCUCUGUCUUCGCAGAAGCUCCCAAAGAGUUGUAGUUCGUUCUCAUGCCCUCUCUCGUGAAUCAUAUGAACACGCAUGCAUAUGUGUACACCUGCAUGCAUACGCGUAUAUAAAUGUAUAUAUAUAUAUAUAUAUAUAUAUAUAUUCACUCGCGUUGAGCUGUGCGUGGAGGCGCAGAGAUUGACGUAAGGACCGUGUCUUGGUCUCGGUUGUUUUCGUCUGCUCUCUGCUGAUCUUCUCCACUAGGCGUUUAUUUGAGUUUCUCCAUCGUGGCUGGUGGCAAACGUUAACCAAGCGCUUGUCGAGAAAAACGAAGAUGUUCGCUCUGAGCGACGUGCAAAAAGGGCAGCCAUGAGCAGCUUCACCCAACGAUUUUCUUCGUUCAUGGCUCCGCUCUUCUACUUUUUUCCAGAUGCUUCUCUCUGUUUGCCUUCCUCCGUCUCUUUUUUCUUGUCUCCACGCUCUGUUCUCCACCUCGCGUGCGUCGUGCUCGCCCUCACCUUCAUCUCGUCGCAUUUCUUCUCCUUUUCUCUACUUUCUGCCCUCUUCUCUGAUUCCCUUUCUUGUCCUCCUCUCCCUUCUUCUCGCUCUCUUUUUACCUUUCUUCUUCCCCUCUUUUGCCUGAUUUCCGCUCCGCCUUGCCUUCUUCCGUACCCAUCUGCAUGCGGCGUUUCUUGACGUCGACGCUCACAUGCAGAUCUAAAUCGCACGGAAAGCAUCCACAUGUGCAUGCGCUUAUCUAUAUGUACGAAUAUGUGCAUACAGACCUAGUUGUAGACGGACAUGUGAAUAGUACGUAUAUAUAUAUAUAUAUAUAUAAACAGAUCCUCAUAUAUAUAUAUAUAUAUAUAUAUGCAUAUAUGUAUAUAUCUGUGCGUGUGGAUAUAUAAAGUGGGUCGAAGUUUGAAUAGAGCGCCUUGCGAGAAUGAGAAGGGAAGACCUGAGGAAUAGAGCCUACGGAACGAGAGGGGAAGAGAGUCGACGAACUGGUAGAGACAGUCUGCGAAGCUGGAGGCAGUUGAGGAGUCGUCACUUUUCCCUUUCUUUCUGUGGAGGCUGGUGCUCGGAACAUCUGUGCCUUUACACCAGAAAGGAUUCACCGUUGCACUGAGAAAGAUCUCAGAUUCCCCUGACUGUCUUGGUGUAUCAGUACACGGCGUUGAACUGACUCGCUUUCUCCCAUGCUGUAAACGGAGAAAACUUCACGACAGCAAACACACGACUUCGUUGUCUUUUCUUGGGAACGACCCCCGCAACGGAGGGAACGCGGAAAAGACGAUGAAUCCAAGUGUUGAAAACUGCUGCCAACGAAGAGUCGAUUCCGAGGUAAUCUAC